UGUUUCUACAUUGUGAUUGUUGUUUUGCAUUUGCCAACAAUUGUUUGAAAUUGUAAACUAAAUAAAACAAACGUAAUAAAACAUACGUAUUAAGCAUGAGCACGCAAAUAGCAGUGGCCGACGCCACAACGACGAAGUCUGUCAAUUUCUUUGCACUACAGGCGGCAUUCGAGACCGCCCUGGAGCAGGCGAUUGCCGAGAACAACGUGGAACAGUUGACCAAAGAGUAUAACAGCUUUCGUGCCAAUUCUGAACAUGACAAACGCUCGCCCAUGGACCAAGCGUUCCGGGAGGUGCUUAUGAAACGAUUGAGCGAUGAUGUUGAAUGCAUUGGAGCGCUUGUGCGUCUCUCUGUGGACGCGGCGCGUGCAGAGAUUGUAUCGAAUACAAUUCCAGUUGUGUUGCUUGGGGAUACCUUUGAUGUGGUUACGCUGAACAAGUGUGAACUGAUUUUCAAGUUUGUGGAAGACCUCGUCGAAGUGUGGAAGGAGGAGAUCUUCUUUGCCUCGUGCAAGAACAAUUUGCUUCGCAUGUGCAACGAUCUAUUGAGACGUUUGUCCCGCACACAGAACACCGUUUUCUGCGGGCGUAUUUUACUCUUUCUCUCCAAGUUUUUUCCAUUCUCGGAACGCUCUGGCUUGAACAUUGUGUCCGAGUUCAAUUUGGAUAACUUUACCGAGUACGGUCUGGAUAGCAAGGACCACGAUGAUAUUGAUAACAAGGAGCUAGAGGAUACGGCUGAGGAUAUACCGCUUAAGAUUGACUACGAUUUGUAUUGUAAGUUCUGGUCGCUGCAGGACUUCUUUCGCAAUCCUAAUCAAUGCUACAGCAAAGCGCAGUGGAAGAUGUUUCAAAUGCACGCUGACACCAUACUGCAGUCAUUUUUGAGCUUUAAACUGGAAGAUAUACGCCAAAACACUGAUUCCAAUGGUACCAAUGGCGACGCGGGCCCACAGGCUAUGGAUGUAGACGUGGACGAUGCUGCAAUCGAUGCAGCUGCUUCGAUAGCUGUGCGUAAGGAAACAAACUUCUUUGCCAAGUUCCUGACCAAUCCCAAGCUGCUCGCACUCCAAUUGUCCGACUCGAAUUUUCGGCGUGCUGUAUUGGUGCAAUUCCUUAUUCUGUUCCAGUACUUGCAGGUCACUGUCAAAUUCAAAAUCGACACCUACACCCUGACGAGUGCUCAGUCUGAUUUUAUCAAGGAAACGGAACAACGCGUGUACAAACUGCUGGAGGAAACGCCACCGUAUGGCAGGCGUUUCGCACGCACUGUGCAGCAUAUGCUGCAGCGCGAGGAGAUGUGGAACAAUUGGAAAAACGAUGGCUGCAAGGAGUUCAAGAAACCCGAAGAACCCGAGCCCGCCGAAGAAGAAGUUAAGCCCUCACCACCAAAGCGUUCCAAACGGCCUUUGGGCGAUUGUCUACGGGAUGCGGCGCGCAGUGGCAAAUUCUAUUUGGGAAAUGACAAUCUGACUCGGCUAUGGAACUACUCGCCAGACAAUUUGCAGGCCUGCAAGAGCGAGCAGCGCAACUUUUUGCCUCUGUUGGAGACAUACUUGGAAACACCUCAUGACAAGAGCGAUCCUGCUUUCGAGUGGCGUGCUUUGCGCCUCUUAGCUCGCCAGACACCGCAUUUUUUCACGCUCGUGUCGCAACCGUCCUGCAAGAUAUCCGACUAUCUGGAUGUGGUGCGCAUACGGUUAACUCGCGAAAAGGAACUGGUUAAGCAGAUAAGCACCACAACAGAAAAUGUGUCGGAGAAUAAUAAUGGCUUGACUGAGCCUAGUGCACCAACUGAACAGGAGCAUGACGCAUCAGUUGCGUUGCAGGAAACGGAGCCUGAACCCGACCUAGAGGUGGAGGAUUCAGAGCCCGUCGUGGAAGAAGUGGACGAGACACCGUCACAUGAGAAACCGUUGAUGGUGACAGCAGCUCACAUCGAGGAGAUAACACCGUUGAUAGGCGAGCCUUGGAUGAAGGUGGGCAAAAAGAUAGGCUUCAGCAAUGACGAGUUGCUUUUCUUUCAAAUGGAAAAUCCUACAGCCGGCGUGGCAUGCAUGAAGAUGUUGACCAAUUGGAUUUCGGACGAUGACGAUGCCACGCUCGAGAACUGGGCCUACAUGCUGGAAGGCUUGGAAAUGCAUAAGGCUGCCGACGCUGUAAAGGCCAUCAUCGAACGUGAAAAGACGAGCAGCACGCAGUCACUCUCCCAAGCCGAAAUCCAGCCGGAUGCGAACAGCAAUGAUGUGGAAAUACUGUCAGAUUAGCAGAGGAAAACAC